CAUUUCGUCACCUUCUCAGUAGCGCAUGGAAUAUGUAUAACCAGUUGCGGCUUGUGUUGUUUUUUGUUUAAAAGGUUUACUGAUGUAGUGCCUGUGCUUGCUUAACUCUGUUCCAAAAUGAGCAUCAAGAUAUACUUGCCCAUCGAUUACUUUAGCCUCAAAGAACCAACUAAUUUGUACGGACAAGUACAAAUAAACGAGGACAAUGUAGUCGUAUACUAUGUCGUGGAUGCUAUCGACUUCGACUUCAAUUCAAAAUCGAUGGAGCAUGGUACAACCAGUGAUUUGCGUUUCCUGGGCUCUAUCCUGUGCAGUGAUACCUGCGCAGAACAGCAGAAUAUCUACCACCAGCUGGAUAUGCGCAUAUGCUUCACAUAUGACAGAAACGAGCCAAACAUUUCACUGGGGUACAUAGGAAUCACCCCAGAGCACCUUACCAAAAUCAAAAUAAUUCUAUAUCACAAGAAGAUAGUGCAGGGUUUGUAUGUCCAUGAUGAGAACACACUCGACCAGCCACCGGAAGGCCGUGGCAGCAGCAAUUGCGAUUUUCUGGAGCUCUUUCGGUUGGUCCAGCCCGAAGUCGGGUCUCAUAAGCCCCGCAAUAAGGUACUCAAGAGUGGCCUUCACCUGUUACAUCUUGUAGCCGACGCACCCAUACAGUUGUUUAAAUAUACAGCGGAAAAUGUUUUCAUUAAUAACAUAAUGGUGCACACGACCGUCUAUAAACACUUUAAAGAAUGGCAAUUAAUCUGUGAUAAAAGUUCUAGGAAAAAGAAUAUUGCUUUAGAUCGAAUGCUGGGUAUACUUUUGAUGGUUAUUAUGUUUUCAUUGGUAACCCCACCGGGCGACAUUCUUAUACAAAUAUCCCAUGGCAUUAUAAACCAGCUGUACAGCCUGCUGAAUGUUUUGGAAGGCAGUCCUAUUGGUCUCAAAUUGAAUAUACAUUUAAAUAAUUUCUUCCUCGAUUGUUUCAAAUAUCAUAUUCAGUUGUGGUCCAUGUUUUUGGAUUUGAUCGAGCCAAUAGUACGGCAAGUUUUUCUAGCCAUUGGAGUAUUUGGAUGCCUGGGCUUAACAUUCCAGAUAGCUUUACUUGCAGAUCUAAUAUCAAUAGUUGCACUGCAUUCGCAUUGUUUCCACAUUUACACCAAGGUUCUGUAUAAGGUGGAAAAAAAAGGAUUAUCCGUACUGUGGCAAGUAGUUCGUGGUAACCGAUAUAAUAUUUUAAAACGCCGUAUUGAAGCCCAGAAUUAUAUGGAUCGACAACUCUAUCUUGCCACCAUAUUUUUCUCAGCAAUUUUAUUUCUGUUUCCCACCACACUGGUGUACUAUGUGGUUUUUGCCGUUUUAAAGUCGCUCACACAUGCCACCCUGGGGAUUUUUGAGUUUGUUCGUAGGCAACUUUUGUUCUUCCCAUUGGAAGUGUGCCUUAAAUGGUUGCGAAAGGAACUACACGAAAUAGAUUGUCUCAAAAUCGAAGAUGUUGCACUCCACACGCAGGCAUUUCUGCUGCAUAAACGUUAUAAAAUAGAUGUUGCCGUAUAUAAAAUUCGAGUGUGACAAAUAGAAAACAUUUUACUUACUCGCAUGUGUGUAGAAUUUCAGUCUUAUUUAGUCUGAUUAUUCACCUAUUAUAUGCUUGAAAUGAAACUAAUUGUACAAUUUCAAUAGCGCUAAAGCAUAGGGAAUUCAUUUUUUUCCCAUUCUCCAUGCUGGUAAUGUGUCAGAAACUAGAAUGGAAACUCUUAGUAGCUGCCCGGAUCUUGUAUUUAAAUAUAAAUAUGCACAUUCUCAUAUUUGUACUAAUUGUUUUAGCAAUAUACUUUCACGACAUCAAGUUGGCACUAGGCUCUGUUGAAAAGAAUAGAUCCUCGAUAGUUGGUGAACAUGUGAGUAAAACCAAAGGCAAAGCUUAAACAUUUUAAAUUGUUACUGCGACUGAUGUAGAACAAAUCUUGCUGGAAUAUGGCACAGUGAUAUAAAUGAUAAAUAUAUAAAGUUUUUUCUUGUCAUAAGUAACUUUACUAUAGCGCCA